CUCCCACACCCACACCUUUACCUUUCGCGCAGGUGACUUUCUACCUGUCCCGUGUAGCUUCCCUACAGGGCGUGGCUCCUGUGGAUUUGUUGUCUUCGCAGCAACAUGUUGAAGUCGGAAGCUCACUGAGUUCAGCGUGUUGAGCGGAGCACACAGCAGAUUUCUAACAUGAGAAGGUCACAGAGUAGUUCGUCUGAAGUGUCCCUCCCUCCGCCGGAGGACGAUGUGGACUCGGUCUGCUCCGACGAGCUGUUCGGGUCCCAGUCCCGCCGCUGGCUGGCGGACCUCAUGACCCGGGGACCCCCUGCGGAGCGCGGGGACGUCUUCACGACCGGCCAGGACGGGCUCUUCGUGGACUACAACUUUCCUGUGGGAGAGCUGGAGAUGCAGCCCGGGGUCAAGUGGAAACGACCAAAGGAGAUAUGUCCGUGCCCUCAGUUCGUAGUGGGUGGAGCUACGCGUCUGGACAUCUGCCAGGGAAAACUCGCUGACUGCUGGUUGCUGUCUGCCAUCGCGUCUCUCUCCCAGUAUCCCUCCCUGCUCAAGCAGGUCAUGCCUCCAGGACAGAGCUUCCAGGACGGGUACAACGGCUGCUUCACCUUCAGGUUCUGGCAGUACGGUCAGUGGGAGGAGGUGAAGGUAGACGACUUGUUGCCGACUCAGGACAACAAACUGAUCUUCCUCUGUUCCCCUGAAAAAUACGAGUUCUGGAGCUCCCUGCUGGAGAAGGCCUACGCCAAGCUGAAAGGUGGAUACAGAGCUCUAAACAUGGGCUUACCUCAUGAGGCCAUGGUGGAUAUGACGGGUGGCGUGGCUGAGGUUUUGAACAUCUCCACGAUCAGAGACCUGCCGGGCCUCCUCAGCUACCUGCUGGACAAAGGAGCGCUCAUCAACUGUGCUAACAGCCAGGGUCCUUUGGAGCAAGGUAAUAAACUGGGGAUCAUGUUCAGACAUGCCUACUCUCUGACUGCAGUAGAGAAGGUGAAGACGGCACACGGCACCGAGGAUUUGGUACGAAUCCUCAACCCCUGGGGCAAAACCGAGUGGCAGGGGCCCUGGAGUGACAUGAAAGGGUCUCUCUGCAGUCCAGAGUGGAACACCGUGAGCUUUGAGGAGCAGAAAAGACUGGGCAUAAUCAGUCGGGAGGACGGGGAGUUCUGGAUGUCGGUGUCAGACUUCCGACAGAACUUUGAGUUGAUGGAGGUGUGUCACCGGACUGACCAAUCGGGGACCAGCGGACUGCCGUGGUGCUGCAUAAUGCAUCAUGGGGACUGGGUGCCGAGCAUCUCAGCUGGAGGUCCUGCCAAUGGGGGUUUCUUCUGGCAGAACCCUCAGUUCUACUUCAACCUGUCGGAGGUGGACAGGGACCAGAAGACCUGCUCCUUUGUUUUGGCUCUGAUGCAGAAACACCAGAGACGUAGGGGCAUUGACAUGUCUAUAGCCCUGCAUAUAUACCCGGCCCCUCGUAACAAUAAAUACCUGUCGCCUGAGGACUUGACCGUGCUCCAACCGGUCCUCUUCAGCCCCCACUACUCCUCCCGUCGGGAGGUCGUCCUCCGCGGCUCCCUUCCACCCGGUCGCUACAUCAUCAUCCCUUCGACCGCCGAGCCCAAUCAGCAGGGAGCGUUCCUCCUGCGGGUGCUGACGGAACAGGGCAACGCUGCCACUCCAGCCAACAAACCAUCGCCACAAGACUCUUCAAUAACAGAGCGUUCCUUUCCUCACCAGGCUGCUCUGCCGUCGCUUAAAUCCACCGAACAGCUGUUCAACAAGCACUGCAAGAAGGGGAUUUGCAAACCAGUGCACCUCUACAGCCUGCUGACCGAGAUCAUACAGGGAGGAGUGUUGGCUGGCAGUGAGAAGUUCUUGGCUCUGGAGCACUGCAAGAGCCUGGUGAUCCUCAUGGACAGCCAAGGCAGCGCUCAGCUGACCUGGCCGGAGUUUCAGAGUCUGUGGGAAAAGAUCAUGAGGUGGACGGAUAUCUUCCUGGUGUUUGACAGGAACAAAUCAAAGCGCCUGGAGUAUCAGGAGGUGGCCCCCGCUCUGAAGGCAGCAGGCAUCGUGGUGGAUGAUCUGAUAAUCCAGCUGGUCGGACUGAGGUACACGGAGCCAGACUUGACCGUCAGCUACCCCGGCUUCCUGUUCCUGCUGAUGAAGCUGGAGACCAUGAUCCACAAAUUUCAAGCGUACGACAUAGUGGGAUCGGGAAGCGUGACCAUGAACUACAAAGAGUGGCUCCACAUGACCUUGUACAACUGACCACUCGGACGGAUGCUUCGGGGAUUUCCGUUGUUGAGGCUUGUUUUCUGCUGCUCUCCUCUGAUUUCCAUACAUCAUUUUAUUUUGCAUACAGUGUGUAGGACAGUAGAUGUACAGAUGUGUUUAAUGAUAGGAACAUGUAGCAAUAACAGAGAUGUUUUAGAUGCCAUUUAUAUUUCCUCUUACGUCAGAUAGUCAAACAGUAGCAAUAGGAACUCCUUCCAGUGUUGUAAUACUGGUUCAAUGGAAGCAGUGCUGCUCAAGUCCACAACAUUUACAUCAGGAGUUAUCAUCUCCUGUUCUUUACUGCAGCUGUGAUAUGUGUUUAUUCAAAUAAAAAUAAAAAUGUGAUCACA